AUGCGUAACCAGAAGACUAUCAUUGCCACAGCGAUUCUGGCUGGCCAGAUCGCUAACGGAGCAUAUAUUUCUAUCGUCCGCGACUCCGCAAACACACAAGCAACUGCUGCCGCCUCUUCACAGAAGAUCCACGUCGCUGGGAACGACCCUCCUCACUUUUCCUACGACCCACAGCCAUCUUUCAGCUAUCAACCAUUAAAGAUCACUACCGAAUUCGAGACUUUGACCUGGACGCCUACCAUCUUCUCCUAUCAGCCUAUGACCACACUACUCGCGCGCCGCGAUGUCAACCCUAUCAAUGGACUGCCUGUUCCCUAUGUUGCCAAGGGUAUCGUGACUGUCAUCACGAAGACCCUGACUACCGUCGUGCCUGUGAACUCUGUCUGUCAGCGACCAGCUCCAACUUCGAGCAGGGAGGCAUCCUCCGGUUCGUGUUCUGUGGUUACCAGUUUUAGUCCGUAUUCUUUCGCUGAGACCAGCAGCAGCAGCUCUGUGAAACACCGUUUGACUCCGGAAGCGCCUGAUCCUACUGCUGUCCCUUCUACUUUUCGCACGACACUGCUUUCGAAUGGCACAGGUAUUCAGCGUACCGUUGCUGAGUCCCCAAAUCCAACUGCUAUCCCUUCAGCCUUUCGCACGACGCCGCUCUCUAGCCAAAACAGUACCACUGGAGUCCAGCACACCGUGGCUGAGUCUCCGAACUCUACUGCUAUCCCUUCUGCUUUUCGUACGAAGCCACUGACUACUACUCAGACAGAUAGCAGUGGCAUCAGUAUCACCCCAAUCAGCCCUACCAGGAUCAAUAAUUCUACGGCUUACAUCCCUGCUCCAUCGAGCAGACCCGCGAGCACAGCCACACAGUCAUUCAACGCUGUAUGGACUUCUUCCAGCACGCAUUUCCCUACUGCUACUUUCGCCACUUCGACCCCACUGCCAUCUCUCGACCUCUGGUGGACUCAUACCUCCUCUUCCACUUUUACUACGAAAGCUAGUCCGUCUUCUUGGGAUUACCCGUAUCCGGACGAGACUAAGGCUCCGGCUUCGACAAAGGCAAGUUCAUCUUUUGAGUAUCCUUACCCUGACGAGCCUACUAAGAGUAAGGCACCGAAAAGUACGGCAAGUGGAAAGAAUUGUGCGUUUCCCUAUCCAGGUUGCGAUGAAUGA